AUGAGUCAGGAAAAUUCAUCAGAACAGCUAAAUUGCAGCAAAUUGAUAGUACCAUUAUCUCAGAGACCAUUGGAAUUGUCUAUGGGUCUACGAAAUGAAAAUUUGGAUACUAGUAUAAAUAGUGGAACGAAGGCUGAAGAUGAACAUGACUUAUUAGGAAAUAGAAUGGGAUCACUAGAAUCUUGUACUCAUAUACCAAAUUUUAGUAAUGUGCAUAAUUUUCAACUGUCAUUAUCUAAUAGUUCUCUUAAGAAUGUAAAUCCAACACAAACAAUGUUAUCUUCAUCUUAUACACCAGAUAAUAUUUCAUCAAGUUUAUCUGUAUCUUCUACAUCCUUUAUAUCAAAUUCUUCGUCAUUACCUUUAUCAACUAAGCAGAAAUUAAGUCAAAUCCAAGGUCAGCUACUAGGCUUAGAAAAACAGCUAAGAAAUGAUACCAGACAAAAAAGAGAAUAUGAGGAAACGAGAUUUCAGAAUCUUAAGGAAAAUACACUGAAAUUAAGGAAGUCCCUAGAUAUGGAAAUUCAACAAAGAAAUGAGAUCCAUAAUACUCUUAAAAAAUCUUUUGAACAGCAGAUAUCUUCAGUACAAGAAAAAUUAGAGAACAUAUUUCUUGGUAAAUUAGAUCAACUUUCUAUUGCUUGUCAGAGUCUUCAAGAUAGACUUCAAGUUAUAGAAAAGGAUAUUGGAGAAGACAAAACUCAGAUUUUCCAAGAUUAUGAGAAUAGAUACCAAGCACUUAAGAAUGAGGUGAUUAAUGCUAAGUCAAUAGCAGAACGAGAAUAUCAUAUAGCUGAAGAUAAGGAAAAACAAAUAAGACGUUUUCUUAAAGAUUUAGAGGUACAUGUAAAAAAAGAGGUUGAAAGAGAGCAUACACAAAGAGAAACUAUUAUACAAACUAUGCAAGAUGAUUUCUACCAAUUAAGAGACAAGAUAGAGAAGAAUCAAGAUAAAUUCCAGAAUUUUGUCUUAGAGGAAGUAGCUCACUUAAAGAAUGGAUUAGCAAAAGAAACUCAAAACAGGGAAUCUGCAGAUGAUGACAUUGUUCAAGCUUUAAAUCAGUAUACAAAAGCUCUGCAGGACGUAUUGAAGAUUAUCUGUUAG